AACGUUGUUCAUUUUGACGUAAUACACGGCAACAUUUCUGUUUUGACACACAUAAGCGAUUUGUGAGAUAAAAAUAAUAAAAAAAAUCUCAAAAUGGGCAGUUGUCUUGUAAAGAGUAAACUUAAAAAGAACAGCGUUUCUCCUUCUUACUCAGAAGCGGAAAUACGAAAGAGAAAUUCAAGGAAUUCACCGGGACGCAAGGCGCCGGACCCGAUCAACCCGGAGGAUAUCGUGAAACAGCUGCAAGAGGCUGAAAUCGAGGAGUCAAAAAUGACAAAGGGAGGUGUUUCUUGUACUGUUGAUUUCAACACGGGUGACCCAAGUAGGAUGCCUUCAAGAUUGGCAGACGCUUUGGAUGAGGCGGUAACCCCAACCCAGAACGAAGAGGAGGUUCACUACACUGCCGCUGAAAAAGAGUUGAUGGCAGAAUUAAUGCGCGAGGAUAUUUUAAGAGAAAAGAGCGUGAAGGCACGUAGAGACGUACAGCUUUAUGACGCAGCAAGACGCCGUGCUGCUUACAACAUCUAAGUAGAUAAAUGUGACUUUGGAAGACUUAGUGACAUCGUUUUGUAUAUGGAUAUGAUUGCAAUCAUUAUACAUGUACACUGUAUUUAUGUGUAGUAUAAUUAUGUGUUUUUGUUGAUUAUUCUUUUUACUUUGUUGCUGCUGUUAUUUCUAUUGUUGUUUUUGU